GAAUCAGUUGUGUUUAUCGGUAUCUAAAGUGUUGUUUUGUUUAUUUAUAUACACGCUGCCGGAGCAUUCUUUAUCCAGUGGUGACCUCAACGCGCGACGUAUCUCAGAGGGUCAGCAGACGUUCUUUACAAGAUGUCCACAUUUUUGCUGCUCGGUGUAUUGCUCUGCUCGCCGCUAAUAUCGUUAGCAAAUGCAGCGCAAUCGAUCGAACAUGACGAUUACAUGCCCUUAUACGAGAACGGUCUUAUGGAUGAAUUCGACUGGACACUUCUCAAGGCUGUGGUCAAGGAGAACCGCGGCAACAUCAUUAUUUCGCCGAUCAGCUUGAAAAUCGUCCUGGCGCUCGUAUACGAAGCCGCCGCUGGAACAACCGAAACCGAGCUUCGCGAGGUCCUUAAAUUCCACCAGAACAAGACGUUCGUUCGACAGGAAUACAGCAACAUCAUCGACUCUCUACAAAACUACAAGAAGUACGGAUGCGACGAUUCCCAACCUAUAGAUUCCAACGAGCUGUACACUCUGAAAUUGGGUACUCGUGUUUUCUUGGAUGAAAAGAUACAACCUCAGCAGUUGUUCCAGGCGAAAGCAUGCGAGAAAUACAGGACAAAGAUCGAGCCUACCAAUUUCGCGGAUGCCCAGAGGGCGAGCAACACUAUUAACGCGUGGGUGGACAAGUUGACCAUGGGUAGAAUCAAUAAACUCGUGACUCCAGAUGAUGUUAAUAAUGCGGUUAUGUUCAUCGCCAACGCUAUUUACUUCAAGGGUUUCUGGUACCAUCAAUUCCCUAAGAACGAGACAAAAACCGGCGGAUUUUAUCUUACGCCGAAAAAUACCAUCCAGGUGGAGUACAUGGCCAAUACGGACGUUUACUUCUUCACGCAUUCCAAGGAACUCGACGCCAAACUGAUUCGCAUCCCCUAUAAAGGACUCAAAUUCUCGAUGAUUAUCAUGUUGCCGAAUGCUAAGGCUGGCUUGGAGGACCUCAUCAAGCAGUUAACCAUCACUAAGUUGAAGAACCACAUUGGUUUGAUGGACAAGACAAAAGUUGAUCUGAUCCUGCCUAAAUUCAAAUUCGACUUCCAAACCAGUAUGACGGACGUUUUGAAAUCAUUGGGAUUAGUGUCGUUAUUCCAAAAUACUGCGAGUCUUCCGGGAAUUUUAAGGAGUGGCGGUGCGCAACUCCAGGUAUCCAACAUCAUGCAGAAAUCAGGAAUUGAGGUCAACGAAGAAGGAAGCGUGGCUUAUGCUUCAACAACUAUCCAGAUUGCAAACAAGUUCGGCGAUGCGCAGAUCGACUUCAAUGCCACACAUCCGUUCCUCUUCUUCAUCGAGGAUCAAACGACGCAUACCAUCCUCUUCGUUGGAAAGGUGGAAAACCCGUUGGAUUCGAAUCCAAUCCCCACACCGAGUCGCUUCGGCGAUAACAGCCUGGACCAGACUAAUUUGAACGCUCCAGCCUCGGGUGCCAACAACUAUCCGAAUCUUUCGCCGAAUUUAACACCGCUUAAUGAGCCAGAACAAGCCAUCAGCAAACGCUUCAACUAUUUCGACUUAGAAUUACUCAGGGAGGUUGCCUCUGAUGAAAAUGUAUUCAUAUCGCCUGCCAGUAUCAAAGCGACUUUGGGGAUGGUUUUGGAAGGAGCCAAAGGCAACUGCGCUGAAGAAAUAGUGAAGACCCUUCGAUUGCCGUUGAACCAAAACGAUGUUAGGAAACAACUCGAACCUUUGCUUUACGACCUAUCUGAUAGAGGCGCGCAUUCUUUAUUAGAAUCGGUGAACGGAAUAUUCGCCUCCAAUAAGUUAACCGUUUCGGAUUCCUACAGGAAAACAAUCGAGAAAUACUAUAGAGGUUUUGUGAAGACACUAGAUUUCACUAACUCUGAAGCGGCAGCGCAUUUGAUCAACAGCUUGGUUUCUAAUAUCACUCGAGGCUCUAUUAAUGAGAUCGUGAACAGUGACUACGUAAGGCCGGACGCUGGUAUGGUGGUCAUGAACGCAUUGUACUUCAAAGGACUUUGGAAGAAAUCCUUCGACCACAAACAGACUGUUGUGAAAUGCUUCCAAAUGCCUAACAGGCAAUGCGUAAAUGCCUACAUGAUGCAGAAUACCGAUAAUUUGAACUACAAGCUUAUCGAGGACAUCGACGCCCACGCAUUGGAAAUCCCAUACAGCGAUGACAAAUACGCAAUGCUAAUUCUGCUGCCACGCGUGAAAAACAAUAUUCACGCCUUGAUCAAGGAUUUACAGCACGCGUCCUUUAGGAAUAUCGUGGAUAAAUUGGAGAUGGCCGAAGUGCAAUUCGAAAUUCCAAGGUUUGAAAUCGAAUUCUCUACGGAAUUGAGCAGACCUUUACAAACAUUGGGAAUCCGCGAUAUUUUUGGAGACAAAGCCAAUUUGAGUGGAAUCGUGACCAAUAAACCAAUUUUCAUUGACAACAUCGUGCAUAAAACCAAGAUUACUGUAGAUGAACGCGGAACUAUUGCCGCUGCUGCCACUGGUGCUGUAGUCAUACCACUGAUGGGAGCUUCCAAUCCAAAUGUGAUUGCCGACCAUCCCUUCGCCUUUUUCAUUUACAGGAGGGACAACAAGAACGUCCUGUUCGAAGGCAUCGUCAAUAAACCCUUAGAAUAUAAUAGAGGUAGGAGCACCAACUUCUACAAUCCAAGGGGAUUCACCAAUCAACCCAUAUCCGGUUGAGUAUUCGAUCGAUACACUCAAACUUUAUUCUCGCAUAACUCUUUCCUUGUAUAAGUUAUAUAUUUUUUAUUAAUACAAUAUAUUCUUUCGUAAAAAAA